AAAGAAGAAGAAGCAAGUACGUGGUGCUAGAAGUCGGUACGCAGCAACUGCAAUAUUGCAGAUAAACAAUUUUGGGCACACGUCUUCCAACGAUUGGACGCAACGUAACAUGUACCUGGCGUGUCAAGUAUUCAAAAUUCGCGUGAAACACAAAAGAGCAUAAAGCACUGGCCAUGGGCACGGAAGCAGAGCAACCGAGUCCACCCUCUCCGCCUGCUCAGCAGCAAGAACAGGCGAAUCCGCCACUCUGGAAUGCACAAAAUCAGAAACCUGCCCGUCUCUACCGCCUGGUAUUGUUCUUCAUCGCUGGAAGCCUGGCGGCCUGGACGUUACAUGCCUUGAGCUCCUCGAAUCUGGUCUGGAAACUGCGACAGCUGCAUCAUCUGCCCACCGCCCACUACCUGCAGACGCGGGACGAGUUCGCAGUGUACUCCGUGGAGGAGCUGAAUGCCUUCAAGGAGUUCUACGACAAGAGCAUCAGCGACAGUGUCGCUGCCAGCUACACGAACGAGGAGCAGACGAGCAUCAAUGAGGCGCUGGUGUCACUUCGAAUGGCCCAGGACAUGUACCUGACGGGAAAGGAUGAUAAGGCGUCGCGUCUCUUCGAACACGCCCUCGCGCUAGCGCCCCGACACCCGGAAGUGCUUCUGCGCUACGGCGAGUUCCUGGAGCACAGCCAGCGCAACAUUGUACUGGCGGAUCAGUACUACUUUCAGGCUCUGACCAUCAGUCCGAGCAACUCCGAGGCACUAGCCAACCGACAGCGCACUGCAGACGUGGUACAGACUCUGGACGAACGCCGCUUGGAAUCGUUGGACUCCAAACGAGACGCCCUCUCCGCCAUCCACGAGUCCAAUGGAGCUCUGCGGCGGGCAAAGAAGGAAGCCUACUUUCAGCACAUCUACCACUCGGUAGGCAUUGAGGGCAACACUAUGACGCUGGCCCAGACGCGGUCUAUCCUAGAGACCCGCAUGGCCGUAGACGGCAAAUCCAUUGACGAGCACAACGAGAUCUUGGGCAUGGAUCUGGCUAUGAAGUACAUAAACGCUAGCCUGGUGCAAAAAAUCGAUAUUACUAUUAAGGACAUCCUCGAGCUGCAUCGGAGAGUUUUGGGACAUGUGGACCCAAUUGAAGGGGGCGAGUUUCGGCGAAACCAGGUGUAUGUGGGCGGUCACGUACCUCCUGGUCCGGGCGAUCUCGCGCUGUUGAUGCAGCGCUUCGAACGAUGGCUAAACUCGGAGCAUAGUAGUUCUCUACAUCCCGUCAACUAUGCAGCCCUUGCUCACUACAAGUUGGUCCACAUUCACCCAUUCAUCGAUGGAAACGGACGCACCUCACGCCUGCUGAUGAACACCCUGUUGAUGCGAGCAGGUUACCCACCAGUGAUAAUUCCAAAGCAGCAGCGUAACAAGUACUACCACUUCCUCAAGCUGGCCAACGAGGGCGACAUACGCCCCUUUGUGCGGUUCAUUGCUGACUGCACGGAGAAGACGCUAGACCUUUAUCUAUGGGCCACCAGCGACCUGCCACAACAGAUUCCUAUGCUCAUCCAGACAGAAAGCGAGGCGGGAGAGCGUUUGGCUCAUAUGCAGUCUCCCAACGUGGCCCAAAGGUCAUCAAUAUUAGAAUUCUACGAAUCCGGGUCUGGAGCUCUACCGUGACCCAUCUAGAUGCAUCGAUAUUAGCCAAUUCUUUAAUUUAUUAUUUAUGUUCUUCUUUAUUCUGUAAAUUAUUGUAUAUGCCGAUCUAUCUAAAUAACGAUGUAAUACUGUGAUCAUAUUUAAGCUAAAAGACAACCAAAAAUUGUACAUAAUGCACAAUCCAACUAACGUGUUCUAGUAUUUAGUACGAUUUGUAUAAAAUUACGUAUACUAUAAAA